CAGGCAGUAUGACCUGAGAGAGAGCAGUAAGCGCUCACAGGUACUGGUGGACCUCACUGAAUAUUGUGGGCAGCACGUGGAAGCGAAAUGCCUAGCCAUUAAUCCUCAGAACAAUAAUUAUCUUGCUGUCGGGGCAAGUGGUCCCUUUGUGCGGGUUUAUGACAUUCGUAUGAUUCAUAAUCACAGAAAAGCAGCAAAGCAGAACUCAACUCCUGGAUUGCACACAUUUUGUGACAGGUACAAAUCUGUGCCGGAUGGAGCUGUUCAGUAUUAUGUGGCAGGUCAUCUCCCAGUGAAACAGCCUGAUUAUAACAAUCGCCUCCGUGUGCUUGUAGCCACCUAUGUAGCCUUCAACCCUGAUGGGACUGAGCUUUUAGUCAACAUGGGAGGAGAACAGAUCCGAAUUCAUCCAGGCGCAGAAGCAGCUGCUGAGUUUGUGUUUGCUGCACUAAACGUGUCCACAGAAAUUGAUGAGGAACAGAUGCGUCUGAAGCCCAGGGCCAGAAACAAUUCAGUGAUGUGGAGUUGCCUCCUAAUUCGCAGUCUCCAGUCAAGGAUGCCCACAUAA